AUGGCCAGUACAGUGGUAGCAGUUGGACUAACCAUUGCUGCUGCAGGAUUUGCAGGUCGUUAUGUUUUGCAAGCCAUGAAGCAUAUGGAGCCUCAAGUAAAACAAGUUUUUCAGAGUCUGCCAAAAUCUGCCUUUAGUGGUGACUAUUACAGAGGUGAGUUUGAACCCAAAAUGACAAAACGGGAAGCAGCAUUAACACUAGAUGUAAGCCCUACUGCCAAUAAAGGGAAAAUAAGAGAUGCUUAUCGACGAAUUAUGCUCUUAAAUCACCCAGACAAAGGAGGAUCUCCUUAUAUAGCAGCCAAAAUCAAUGAAGCUAAAGAUUUACUAGAAGGUCAAACUAAAAAAUGA